AUACUUUCAUAUUAGGAGUUGGGGAUGGGGCAAGGUGAAACCACCACCAUUUCUAUGGCUUGUAGCUUCCAAUGCAGCUGCCAUUGUCACUGACGAUACUGGACAGUGGUAAUGCGGCAGCCAUGGCUACGAUUACUCUUAUCCACAGACCAACCAUUUCUUGUACAAUCAAUUUCUCCAUUACUGCCAUUAGAGUUCCGCUCCGCCACAGGAAAUGGAAGCCGAGGCAAAUUGCAGUUGCCUCGUCCUCUGUAACUCAACCUAACACCUUUCUUUCGGUCUCUCUAUCCAACUCACGGCCAAACCAGGAACAUCGUCGGCUUCUUCACGAAACUUCGGAGGAAGAUUUUUUAGUCGUUAAUUUCUACCAUUUUGUGUCCAUUGAAGACCCCGAAGCUGAGGUCGCUAAGCAUCUCUACGUUAUGAGGGAUUUGGAUAUACAUGGACGAAUCUACCUGAAUGAACAAGGAAUUAACGCGCAGUACAGUGGCCCAUCAAAAGAUGUUCUUGCUUAUGCUAACUGGUUAAGAGAAGAUCCCAGAUUUUCGGAUAUCCUAGUUCAAGUUUCUCCAGCAAUAAAUGGCCAUGCCUUUCCCAAGCUGAAGUUGCGUUAUAAGCCCUCACUUGUACAAUUGGAAGGCGAUUUUUCACAUCUUCCUUUGCUUGAUCCAUCAAAGCGAGCAACGCCUUUAACUCCAUCUGAGUGGAGAGAAAGGUUGGAAACAAUGAAUAGGAAUAAGGAUACAAAGUAUAUUUUAUUGGAUAUGAGAAAUGGAUAUGAGUGGGACAUUGGUCAUUUCCAAGGUGCUCAGCGGCCAACUGUGGAUAACUUUAGGUGCACAUCAUUUGGUUUAUCCCAAACUGAGGAUGCUGCUUCUGAUCCUUUGGCAAAUGCUGACAAAGAGAAGACAGAGGUUUUGAUGUAUUGCACGGGCGGUAUUCGUUGUGAUGUAUAUUCGACAAUUCUAAGGGAAAGGGGGUUUCAAAACCUUUACACCUUAAAAGGAGGAGUCACUAAUUAUCUAAAAGAUGAAGGUAUCGAGCAAUGGGUUGGUAAUUUGUUCGUGUUCGACUCACGACUCUCACUGCCUCCAUCCGCCUACAACCCUGAAGUUGAAUCAAGCAGAACCCCUCAAUUUUCUGGGAAUAAUGCUUUUGCCAGAUGCUAUAUCUGUACUUCCAAGGUUUCUCAAUUAAGGCACCGAAAUUGUGCGAAUCUCGACUGCAAUCUACUAUUUCUAUGCUGUAAAGAGUGUGUGGAGGAGUUGAGAGGAUGCUGCUGUACAGAAUGCACAAGUUCACCUCGUCUUAGACCUGUUUUAGCAGAGCCUCAAAGAUAUCAGAAAUGGCACAUCUACCGCGACUUUCGACGUGAACAGGCAAGCUAAUUUCUGUAUCAAAAACUGCACUUCACUGUGCUACAACAAUUCUAAUCUCCUCCACCUUUGUAGCUUUUGCUUUCACAAUUUUCAAAUACAAGAAUGAGAGCAAGAAAUUUUAAAUAAUUUAGAAUUUAUC